UCUUUCAUGAUAUUGUAGAGAGAGAGAGAGAAUAAAAAAAAAAAAAGAGGGUCCUCGCUUCCCUUUUAAUUCUCGGGGGCACAAACACAACUUUCUCACGCCUCUCUCUAGCUUCUCAUCCGAUCUGCGACCUGUCUCAGCAAAAAAUUCAGAUACCCAUCUGCUCAAGGCAUCAGAAUUUCCAAAUUCUUGCUCUUGCUCUUGAUUUUUCAUUUUUUUAUUUUUUAUUUCUGCUUGAACUCAGUGGCGUGCGCUGGUUUUUAAUCAUGGGGAGUUGGAGAGGGCAACAAGGUUACAUUUAUUCUCAACAGCACAUUCCCUGGACUAAACCACAGAACAGAAAGCCGCCACAAGAUAGUUGGCAGUUCACUGUGCCACACUGGGAAAGGAAAUUCUGUUCGAUUGUUGGCUCAGUUCCAUGGGGAAAACUCAUAGAAACAAAGAAGUAUAUGUAUCUUUAUGAAAACAUCGUUCGGUGGAAUGAUUCUGCUGGUGAAGAGGCAUUCAACAAUGCAAAAAGCCGGUUUUGGGCGGAGAUUAAUGGUCUACCCUGUAGCAUAUCGUUGCCAGAUCCUGACAUUUAUAUCGAUGAUAUUGAUUGGAACUCCACCAUUGAUCCUGAACUGGUUUUGGAUUUGGAAAGGGAACCUAAACCCUCCAAUGAUAAAGCCCAGGAAGAGGCUGUUAUUCUCGGCAAUCCCCUCCUUUUAAAUCAGUCAUUUUCGUGCACUGGAUGGGGUGAUGAAGAAGAGGAAUUCAAAAAUAAAGAAAAUCCUGACAAUUGGAAUCGUGGAUGGAAUGAGGAUAAUAAAGAAAAUCCUUGGGAACCUGUUUCUGCUCAGAGUAAAGCAGGCGUAGGAGGAUGGGAUAACAAUUGGGAGAACAAUGCUAGUGAAUGGAAGAACAAUACUGGUGGUCCAAACAACAUGUAUUAUAGACGAACUGAUGGAGCUUUCUGGGGAAAGUCGGAUGCAAAUAGCAGGAAGAAAGAGGGUGGCAGUUGGUACAACUCAAGAUACAAGACCUCAAGAUUUAACGGCGAUCACUAUCAGAAAGAUCGAGGGUGGAGGAACGGAGGGAGAAGGAACAACAGGGUUCAUGCUGGCUAUGAAAACCUGACUUGAGGCAGUGGAACUUGGCAAUGUCAGCAAAUUUAAGAUUGCAAUGUAGUUUGGAGAAACCAGUUUUGUGAGAGUAUGCCGUACGUAUUGUAGCUUCUUUUUUUCUUUUGUUUUAUUGGGCUGUUUAUAGGGCAGGGUAUAUAAUAGGUGGUACUAUGAACUGGGGCAAAAGUUCAGCAAAUUCUAUUAAUUCAGUUUGUAUGUGUUGCAUUUUGGUCAUAUGUUGAUGAGAACUCGCCUGAGAUUUUGUAGGUCGCCUCUGAAAUUAGGUCACUGUGCAUGUCUUAGGUGAUAUGUUCGUUGAUUGUCAACAAAAAAUGUAUAAUCUGAUCAGAAUGUGAUACUUUCUCAUGAAA